AUGGAUGAUAAGGUGUAUUCCGAGUCGUUUGAAUUUCCACAUGUGCAAGAUGCCGAAUCAGAAGAUGCCGAACCAGACUUGUAUGAAGGGUAUGAAGAGUUCAUGCGGGAUGUUGAGGCUGGCGCUUUUGACGGCUUGGACGUGUUCAUACUGGAGGAUGUGGCUGCCGAUAGUGAAGCCUCACUAGUCUUGCCGUCGGCUAUGCAAGUUUUCGAUGCUGAAGUGGCACCGCCAAUAACUGAUGGCGCAGCGCCCGUGGUGGGGCAUGGCCUCGGCCCCGUUCAACUCCAGCCUCAGCCAAAUUACUCUCCGCUUGGACUCGCUCCUCCGGACGGCUAUCUCGGUGUCGGUAUCGCAACACUCCCAGCAUUCCAAGCUGCUGCUCCACCUUAUAGUAGUGCCUUGCCUGCUAUGGCCUACAAUGCUCAUAUUCAACUGCCUGCCAACAAUGUGAUCCAGUCAAAUAGCUUCAAAAACAGCUCUUCACCAGAGCCCGCUGACGCUACUGCUGCGCAACCCCGCGAGGGCAGGCCUCACCGACGAGGCUAUCAAGCCUGCCAACGAUGUCGUGAGCGCAAGGUCAAGUGUGACUUGGGCAGUGUUGAUGCGCCCACGGAUCCCCCUUGCAAGCGAUGCCUACGCGAGCGACUGCAGUGCGAGUUUGCGCCCACCAGAAAGAAACAAAAGAAGUCGGACGGCACUGCAAGAGAGGUUUCCCAAACAUAUGACAAUGGGGAAGCACUAUCAAUAGAUAACAGUCUGUCCCCGUAUGGGCUUCCGACGGGCUCCCGACCGUUAACUUCUGCCGUCUCGACGGACAAUGGCUUUGGUCGUCACUCAUGGUCACCUCAAAUGUCUCAAACACGCGGAGAAUCUGUCGCCUCUCAACCUCGAAGCGAUCCACGCCCCGCGCAGACUUCCACCAUGUAUCCCACCUCGACAGGGAUCAAGCCUGCAUCCGAUGUUCAGCUGCACAGUCAGGUCGCCGCUGCAACCUUGGGCGCUCCAGUAUCGAGUACUCAAGACAGCAUCAUGCUCUUGGUGGAUGCUGCCAACGUCUUCGAAGAUGUCGGCCCAGGUGACAAGGACAGCCCCCUCUCCGACCGUGGUGGACGGAAGAGGACGAUCUCGAGUUUCGGUCAUGGCGGUCCGGCAGAACCUCCUGGCAUAGGCCUUUCGCCAACCGAGCAAGCCGAACAGGAAGCCGGUUUGAAGACCUGGUCACAGAUGCGCUUUGUACGCAACGGGUGGUUCACCGCUUGGGAAGCCAUGCAAUACGUUGAGUAUUUCUACGACAAGCUGGCUCCCAUGACACCAGUCGUGUUUCCGGAUUUCAGAUCGCCCAUCAAACAUCACGUUCUGCUCGCUGACGAGCCCAUUCUAGCGCUGGCCAUCCUCGCCAUUGCUUCGCGUCAUAUGCCUCUCUCCGGUCACGCGGCGAUGUCUCGAUCAUAUCAGAUUCAUGACAAGCUCUGGACUCACCUUCGCCGCCAAGUGGAGCGGCUUCUUUGGGGCCAGGAACAGUUUGGGGGAGGAUUCUGUGGAGGCGGCAACAAUGCAAAAAUCCGUGAGUCCAACACAGGCCAAAUUACAUGGCAAGGCAGCCUGCGCACCUUGGGCACUAUCGAGGCUCUUCUAUUGCUUACCGACUGGCAACCACGCGCGCUGCAUUUCCCACCUGGAGACGAAGAAAACGGCCUUUUGGACCACAGCCUGAUCGUUACAAGCGAGGUGAAUGCCCAGGCGGCCACACAACUCGAUGAGCGGGGAGACGCCCGGGACUACGACAAUCUCCCGUAUGCAAGCUGGCUUGAGCCUGCGUGGAGGUCCGAUAGGAUGUCCUGGAUGCUUCUUGGACUUGCCCAAAGUCUUGCCUUUGAACUUGGUGUUUUCGAUACGAACCACUUCUACUGCCGUCACCAGCACGGGCCGGAGUCGGAUUGUGCGCGGAAGAGGCGCAUCCGGCGUCUAGUGCUCGUUUAUGUCGCGCAAACCAGCGGCAGAAUGGGCGUUCAGUCUUCUCUCAGCGUCGACGAGUGGGAAACCGAUGUCAACUGGGACAAAACCAACCCAAAGCAAGACCAUCCGAUUGAUAUGAUGCAUGGUUGCUGGGUGCACGUGGCCAAAAUCAUGAACCAGGCAAAUCGGCAAAUAUUUUCGUCGCACCAGUUCACGCGAGAGCUGACAACUACUGGCAGGUACAAGGAGGCAAUUGCUGAUAUCGCUCCCCUACUACAAAACUGGAAAACCGAGUUUGAAAAAGUGAAACCUCACAUCCACCCAGUCAUGCAAUCCAUCUUGCUCAUGGAAUAUGAGUAUGCUCGCCUGUACAUCAAUUCCCUCGGGCUCCAGAAGGUUGUCGAGUCUUGGGUAGAAGGCGGGGCAACCAUGCGCAAGGCAACUCUGCUUAGAAUUUCGGAAGAAAACAAACCCUACAUCGAUGAAGUCACUGAAGCCGCUCUGAACAUUCUCGGUCUCGUCAUUGACGGCAUCGCGGCCACAGGUUUCUUGAGAAACGCGCCUGUCCGCACAUACCUGCGAAGCCUGUCGGGCAUGAUGUUCACUCUGAAGCGCUUCAGCUUGGGGACCCACGAGGGGCUAGUAAGAAAGUGCCUCCAGCAGCUCGAUCAGAUCACUGAGCUUUUGUCCAAAGAAGUCGUUGACGAUGUGCACCUAGCUUCGUCAACGUCUCGACUUGUGCAAAAUAUUGUACGCAACGUGAAGCAGACAAUGAUUCGAGUCCAGCACCCUGGAACAGGGUCUGCAGGUCCAAGCCGUGAACAGUCUCGCCCACAAUCCCCGCAUCCCCAUGGACAUGAUGGCGCUGGUGAUCAAUCGCAACAACAGCAGCACCGACACCAGCAGCAACAUCAACAUCUGCCUCAAGCUAGCAACUCAAUCCAACCCAAGCUCGAGUUCUACGUGAACGAUCCUCUCGCCGGCAUCCAAGCAAGACCCAUGGCAGACUUGGAUUCUCAGACAUUCGUGCCUCCUCCCAAUUUUGGUGGAGACCAUGAUAUUGAUUUUCCAUUACCCGACGAUGUCAACAUGAACUCAGCGAUGGCUGACCUUCCCGGCGGCGAUUGGCUCGCACUGCCACUUGACAACCUCUGGGGAAGUGACGAAGCGACUGUGGACCAAGGAUUCGGUGGCAUCGGUCCGACCUUGGGUGGCCGAGACUUGCUCGAAGCCAUCACCAACCGAAACUACAACCAGAUGCAAUGGGGCAACAACACUUUUGGCUACGAAAACAUAUGA